AUGAAUUCUCAUAAUUCUGCUGAUGAAGACGAUGUAGAUGAGUUCUUGUACGGACCUUCUAGUGGAGAAACCGAAAAGAAAACCAAUACAAGCAAUUAUAAUGCUCCACUUAUAGUACAGCAGGAUGAUGUUAAGGGUGAAGCCGAAUCGGAAGAAGACGAGGAUCUUUAUGAGCUAUACAAAGGAAGCACGGCUAAUGAGGCACAAGACAUCUCAAGACAAGAAAAAGAAGAGGAUGUUAUGGAGACUGACACCAAAGAAGUAAAAGAAGAACAGGGAGAGAAUGAAGAAGAUUAUAGUGAUGAUGACUUGGAGAUCAUGCUGGAAAACGAUGAGAGUGAGAAUGUCGGAGAUAACACUGAAGCUUCUGGCCAAGACGGAGCUCCGGCAGCAGCUACCAAUGGAUCUCCUGAACCAGCCACUACAAAGGGGGGCUCAAACCCACUAGUGACCAUCAAACCCGGCCAGCAAGGAAAAUCUUCGAAUACACCCCAGGCUAACUCACAAUCGAAUCCCUCUGCCUCUAGUGGAAAGACAAGCACUGGAGGAAUCAAUCUUGAGGCUGUGGGUGAAUUGAAUGGCCAGCCUAUUACAGAUGUUGAUUUGGACACAGUUGAGGAUAAACCAUGGAGAAAGCCAGGUGCUGACAUCACAGAUUUCUUCAAUUAUGGUUUCAAUGAAGUGACCUGGCGAGCUUAUUGUCUUAAGCAAAAGAUGCUCCGCGAAAACAAAAAGAUGAUGGGAGAUAUAGAUAUGUCUGACUUUAUGUCUAUGGGAAUGAUGAUGCCGACUUCGAUGAUGGAUGGAAGUAUGCCAAUGAGUAUAGGCAGUAUGACAAAUUCAAUGAUGGGCAUGCCUAUGGGAAUGGGUACGACAGUUGGUAUGGGUACAACGUCUUCCAGUAGUGGACAGGGUAUUCGAAGCGGAAGAAAUACAAACUUCCCUAUUCGUAGUACUGGCAGAACAGGGAUGUCUAUGGGAGGUCGUCCCAAAAGCUCUGAGGGAGGAAAUGAUCGAGAUGGCGAUUCCAUGUAA